AAGGAAUGCGAUUCACACAUGGUUUUCAUCCUAAAAUGGUUGGAUAAAAUAAUUGAAGAAAUGGAAAAUACACAACUCGAAGGACCCACUGAUGCUGUUGAAGCUGCUAAUUUUUUUGAAGAUCUUUCCAAAGAUCUUUUGCACGUUUUUGAAGAUGAAAAUGAUUAUGAUAUUAUUAUUCAAGCUGGCAAUGAAUCAGACUUCACGGAUUUUAAAGCUCACUCCCUUAUUUUACGAGCUAGAUCUCGCUACUUUAAAUCAGCUUUAUCUGAUAGAUGGGCCAAAAAUAAAGAAAAUAUUUAUUGUUUUCAAAAACCAAAUAUCUCCCCAGCUCUCAUUAAUUACGGAUCUAUUUGGCUUAAAAAUAAUUUUGUUAUGGUUAUGUCUGCCGUCUUCAAGACACAAAGUUUUAAAGAAAUUCAAAAUUAUAUUAUAACUCUUGACCCACCAAUAGAUUCAGAUUCUGAUGUUCUUGCAAUUCUUAAUAUUGCUGAUGAAUUUGCUCUUAGGGAAUUUAUUGAUCGAAUUCAGAGACUUCUUAUUAGAAAUCAACCCUCUUGGCUUAAAACAAAUUUAGUUAAUUUUUUGUUCAAUGUCGUUAACCUAAAAAGAUGUGAAAAGUUUCAAGAUUCAAUUAUAGAAAUUAUCAAUCAAAAAGAACUCUCUUGGCUUAAAGAAAAUAUAUUUGUAUACCUGUGGGACAUUGUCAAUUUCAAAAAAUGUAAGAAACUCCAAGAUUAUAUAUUUAAGACGAUUUGUGUAGAUCCAGAACCAUUAUUAUUUGAGUUAGAAAACUUUCCACGAUUAGAAAAAGAGAUUUUUUUAGAAUUUAUUAAGAGGGACGAUCUAGUUAUUGAAGAAAUAGAUGUUUGGGAUUAUUUAGUAAAUUGGGGAAAGGCUCAGUUGACUUCUGUGAGAUGUGAAAUUUCUUUACCUAGGAGAAGAUUUGUUAGUACAAAUGUUGCUAGUUGGGGGAAGAAUGAAUUUUCAUUAUUUAAAAAGACAAUAGGUCCACUUAUAAAUUAUAUUCGAUUUUGUGAAAUGUCGCGGGCUGAAUUCUAUCACCAUGUUAUGCCUUAUGAAAAAGCAUUUCCGGAAGAUCUUUACAAAGAAUUAGUUGCUUAUUUCAUGGCCGAUAUUAGACCACAACUUGUUAGGUUGCAACCACGUGUCGAAAUGAUUAGUAUUGACUCCACUAUCAUAAAUAGGAAAAAUGCUUGGACCAUUGUCAAGUGGAUCAAAGAAAUAGAUGCUUUUACCAAAAAACCUUCUUACAAGUUUAUACUUAAUUAUCGAGCAUCCCGCAAUGGAUUUGGUUACAAUGAUGGAUUUGAUUACAUUGAAAUUAUUGACAAGUUUAACGAUCAUAAACAAGGCAUGCUAGCUGUGUUAAUUAAAAUUAAAGAUUCUGAUAGAAUAAUUGGUGGAUACCAUAAUUAUUAUAAGAUUAACGUUAAUGGCUUUUUAUCCAUAAAAAGAAAUAAUGGAUUCUUCUAUUUUGAAAAUAGAACAAACUCUAAAUUUCAUAGUGAAAAACGUGAAAUAGUUAUGAAUAGGUGGCUUAUAAAAGAUUAUAAAAAAUUAGAUCAUCAAUCGGAUAAGUCGUUGUCUGGUUCAAUUCUUUUUGAUAAUACAAAUAUUACCGCUGGAGAAAUCGAAAUAUUCGAAAUUAGGGAUUAG